AUGACAAGACAAGGGAAAUCCAAAAGGAAACUUGAAUCAAGUGUUAUCCCCAAAUACAAGAAGAAAAUUGAUGAUGCAGAAAGAGAUACAAUUAUGUCCAAGGAAAAAUAUACUGAUCUUGAAAAAGAAACAGAGAAACACAGAAUAGUUUGGCAUCAAGAAGUAGACAACAUCUUCAACAAACUCAAGAACAAUAAUGAAGAUAUAUGUGCAUCUGAUCGCAAUGUUGUGGCUGUAGUAGUGGUAGACAAGGCAGGAAGAGUACGAUUCCGAUACGAUGGCACACCAGCCAAAAGGAAGGAAGCAUUUGAUCCUAAUCAGCUAGUGACAGACUCCAUGAGUCAGAUCAUUGUGGCAGAUUGGACCAACGACUGUCUACAUAUUCUUUAUAAAGCUGGACAGUUCCUGAAAUGUGUAGAUGAUUGUGAACUAUCUAGGCCCUUUGGACUGGGUGUGGAUGUCGAGAGAAGCUUGAAAAAGGAUAAGUAA